AUAGUGGUGUUGAAUGAGGGCAAGUGUAUAGCACAGGGAGACUACACUCAACUACUCAAAGAAGGUAUUGAUUUAAUCAAAUACGCGGGCGAUUCAGAGCUUCUUCGCGAUGAAGACGGCAAACAAAAUACAGAUUUAAGACGUCGAACACUCUCGAGGGCCGACUCCUGGAUAGGAUCGAGUGGCGGCCGGAUGUCAAACGUCUCGUCCCUUCACUCCUUCGGCGACGAAGCGGUCGAUGAAAUCACAGAACAAGAGAUAGGAGUCUAUAAAGAGGACGAGGAAUACACGACCGAAGCCAACAAAGACGGCAAAACAUCGCCUAAAGUGUAUUGGACUUACUUGAGAGCCGGCGCCGGAAUACUAUUAUUGCCGACACUAUUAUUAUCAAACAUAUUGACCCAAAUUAUAUUUACGGGAAGUGAUUACUGGCUCUCGAUGUGGACGGGCUAUCAUGAGAGCAAGAAUUUACACCAAAACUCAACCAAAAUUGAGAAAAGUUGGAUGAUUUCAGAGGUGGAGAACACAAACAUUAUAAUCUACACGUGUCUCGUGGCCGCACUCUUCCUCUUCAGUAUCGGACGUACCGUUACUUUCUUCACGGUUUGUAUGAGAUCUUCGGUCAAACUUCACAACAAACUGUUGGAGUCUGUAAUCAGAGCUCCGAUCGCUUUCUUUGACAAAUACCCGAUCGGAAUGAUUCUCAAUCGAGUGUCACGUGAUUUAGGAAUUAUCGACGAUUUACUGCCGCCGACCGCUUUCGAUGCGGUGGAAAUCCUGCUAGAUUGUUUGGCCAUUUUAAUUUUGUGUAUUUAUAUCAACUAUUGGGUUGUGAUCCCAACACUAGUGCUACUCGUCUUUCUAAUACUCGUCCGACACUUCGCUUUGGGAACCAUUACUCGGCUCAAGAAAGUGGAGGGAACGGCGAGGAGUCCCAUAUUUAGCCAUUUGGCCUCAACUCUGGCCGGUCUCACAACUAUCCGAUCGUUUGGCGCCGAAAAUGAAUUCUCCAAAAAGUUUGAUGCGCUUCAAGACAAACACACGUCCACUUACUUCAUGUUCAUGACGUGCACGCGUUGGUUCGGCAUCGUAUUGGAUGAGUUGUGUCUCAUCUACACCAUCGCCAUCACCGCAUCGCUCGUCUCCAACCUCGACAGCGCCACCGGCAGUGCUAUCGGACUCAGUCUCUCGCAGGCCAUCCAAUUGACGGGUAGUUUUCAGUGGGGUAUUCGCCAGAGCGCUGAAGUCGAGACUCAGAUGACUUCCGUUGAGAGGGUUUCCGAUUUGAGUAAAAUUGACAGAGAGUUUGAGAGCGAAGUCAAACCCCCGACCGAUUGGCCGAAAUCGGGACAAAUAGUUAUGAAAGAUGUUUGUCUUCAUUACGAAGGAAGCGAUUCUCCUGUUUUAAAAGACUUAAAUCUAGUCAUAAAAGGCGGCGAAACAGUGGGUAUAGUCGGCCGGACGGGCGCCGGAAAGUCAUCCAUAAUCGCAACCCUAUUCCGAAUGACUCCGCCGUCCGGUGUUAUAGAGAUCGAUGGUAUCGACACAUCGGCUAUUAGUUUAUCGUAUUUGAGACAAAAGAUAUCAAUCAUACCUCAGGAACCAAUACUAUUCACUGAAACGGUGCGCAGAAAUCUGGACCCAUUUGGCGAUUGUGGCGACGAUUUAAUUUGGGAGACGUUGGAAAAGGUUCAGCUCAAGAGCACAAUCAACGCCUUUCCCCAUAAGUUGGAUCAAACCAUCUCCGAAAGUGGCGGCAGUUUCAGUGUCGGCCAAAAACAACUCAUAUGUUUGGCGAGAGCUAUACUCAGGAAUAAUAAGAUACUGGUGUUGGACGAGGCGACUGCUAAUGUCGACCCCAGAACUGACGCCUUAAUACAAGACACGAUACGAAACGAGUUUAACGACUGCACGGUAUUGACAAUCGCUCACAGAUUGCAUACAAUCAUGGAUUACGACAAAGUGCUGGUUCUGGACGCGGGACACAUCGCGCAGUUUGAUUCGCCUAAUAAUCUCAUACACGACGGGAACGGCGUCUUCGCUCAGAUGCUCGAAACCACCGGCAAAUCAAUGGAACAGCACUUGAAACAGAUUGCACUCAAAGCCCACAUCAGAAAACUUAAUUGA